CUGAUAGCGUUCUUUUACAUUUAGUUCAGUAACAAACCGUAUUGCGCAGAUAAAGCGCUUGAAGACAACAAUAUAAAAUCAAGUCGCCCCCGCCAGAAACGAGUAGUUUGAUUCAAAUUGGUAGAAAUUAAGUUUAAAUGUAAGAAAUUUUUAGUAAUGUCAAACGAAUGGGGCAGCCAAGUUGAAGCCAUGCCGUCCGAAAAAGACCUAUUUAUUAAAAUUACGAGCAAAGCCCUUGAAAACAAUAUGCAGGAAAGGAAGUUGGUCACGUAUAAACAAGCCCAAGAUAACGAAGGGGACAGAGGCGGCUGGGGAAAUAAACUCGACUUUCUUUUUUCUUGCAUUAGCUUAUCUGUCGGUUUGGGGAACGUAUGGAGAUUUCCUUAUUUGUGUUACAAAAAUGGAGGAGGAGCUUUUAUAGUGACUUACAUUAUCGCAAUGAUUGUGUGUGGGAUUCCCAUGUUUUUUCAAGAAGUGGCGAUUGGACAGUACUUAGGAUCGGGAGGAAUGACUUUUGUAGGACAACUUUGUCCUAUAUUGAAGGGCGUAGGCUAUGCAGCCAUGACCAUAGUGUUCCUAUUAGACGUUUAUUAUUGUAUUAUUAUAUCAUGGACGAUUUUUUAUUUAAUGAGUAUGUUUUCGUAUUUGCCAGUUUUGCCAUGGGCUGGUUGUGAUAACUGGUGGAACACCGCAGAUUGUUUUUCUUCUGUAAAUAAUUCAACGUCAAACUUCAACUCAAGCAAGUUUUCCACUCCCGUUGAAGAAUAUUUUGAACGUCGGGUUCUUGGGAUUUCUUCUGGAAUAGAAGAUAUUGGUGGAUUACAGUGGGGUCUAUUUGUUUGUUUAGCGCUUGGGUGGAUAAUAAUUUACGUUAUCAUAAGAAAGGGGUUGCAUCAAAGUGGAAAGAUAAUUUGGUUUACGGCACUAUUUCCUUAUGUCGUUCUCUUGAUUCUUUUGGGACGUGCUGUAACUCUAAAUGGAGCCAGUGAUGGACUUCUUUAUUUUAUAAUGCCCAGAUGGGAGAAACUACUAACACCUGGGCCUUGGAUGGAUGGUGCCACACAAAUAUUUUUUGCAUAUAGUAUAGGCUGCGGAGCCUUGCCAGCUUUAGGCUCCUAUAACAAGUUCCAUCAUAACUGUUACAAAGAUUCUUUGAUUACAUGCGUCAUAAACACUCUGACUUCCUUAUUAGCUGGAGUUGUAACAUUUUCGAUCCUUGGUUACAUUGCUGCCGAACAAAACGUAGAUGUGGGACAUGUCGUCAAAACUGGUCCAGGAUUAGUUUUUCUUACGUAUCCUGAAGUGGUUCUGAAAAUACCUGGUGCACCUUUUUGGGCCGCUACUUUUUUUAUUAUGCUUGUGAUUUUGGGUAUUGACAGCGAAUUUUGCUUAGUUGAAGCUUUCAUUACUGGAAUUGUUGACAAUUGGUCGGAACAGCUAAGACCGCAUCGAAGUCAACUAACUGUGGGUGUUUGCUUGUUGAUGUUUUUACUAGGAAUUCCAAUGGUGACCAACGGCGGGAUGUAUAUUUUCCAAUUGAUGGAUUACUACUCAGCAAGUGGAAUAUCUUUGUUAUGGGUGUGUUUUUUCCAAUCACUGGCGAUUUCAUGGAUUUUUGGAGUUGAUAAAAUCAGUGAUUGCAUCAAACAGAUGGUGGGGGUCCAACCUAAUAAGUACUGGACCAUUUGUUGGAAAUAUUGCGGGCCUCUAAUUAUGAUUGCAAUUUUUACAGGACAUUGCAUUGAAUAUACGAACGUUACUUACGACACUUACAAAUAUCCAAAAUGGGCCGAAUAUAUUGGAUUUGGUUUAAGCAUAUCGUCAAUGGUUUGGAUACCUUUGUAUGCCAUAUAUUACAUACUCUCAGGUCCAGGAACUAUACUUGAGAAUUUAAAAUCAGGGUUACAACCAAGGAUCAAACAAAGAAAAAUAACAGUUUGUGACAAGAGAUCUGGUCUUCCUAUUACUGAGAGCAAUAUAGGACUCAUUUCGCCUAGUCAGUCGAUUAUUUAAACUUUCUGCACUUUUGUUACAUUAAAUUAAACAAAGAAUACUAAAUAUGGUCUUAAAAUUAUUGUUUUGAAUACACAAAUAAGAAACUAUGUACAAUCUACAUUAAAAAAAAACAAAACAAUUUUUGAAAGAGGAUCAAAAUUGUUGGUAAGGUACGUAUAUUACGUACCUACCAGAUGUAUUAAAUAAAAUGUAUUACCAAGACAAAUAAAUAAGUAUUAAUUUGA